AUGAAAAAAUCAAUACAAUGGGGACCCAUUGCCUGCACUUUCGUGGUGCUAAUGGUUUCCGUCAGCCAAGCAGUUGCUCUUUACAAUGAUACGCUUGCGCCCCCCCUAGGUGUGCUUACACCGCUCAACGAAAGCACACCUCAAGUUGGCUGGGACAGUGCUCCUCAAGUCCAAGAAGAAGGCGCAUAUAAUACCAGUAUGUCGGAACUUGCGCAGUGGCCUACUGGAGAGCUUGACUGCGCUCAAGGGUAUCGUCGAUUCAACGAGCUCACACAAAAGAAGGUCUACCACAUCGGCAUCUAUGCCCAUGAUAGCAUCGAGACUACCGUCCAAGAGUUCAACCUUACUUUCGAGACCUACCUCAACGAGGCAGUUGGAAAACGCUGGGAUCCUCCUAUCGAGUUCAAGAUGGUACCUACACGCGAUCCUUUGACUGCGUGGAUCGACCAAGAUCAAGAUGUUGAUAUGAUGUAUGCUGACUCUGGCUUCUUCUCGUGCACUGGUACCGAGAUUGGAGCUCAGCCUCUUGGAACCACAUUGUCACGCACCAAGGUUAGAGGACGAUAUUAUGAUCUUGAUGUCCUCGGUGGAACCAUGCUUGUCGCUGCAGACAACAGAGACAUCAAUAGCAUUGAAAAUCUGAAGAACAAACGAAUCGCCGCCGUCAAGAUUUCUGAAUUUGCUGGUGGCCAGUCUCAAUUUUGGGUAAUGAUGAAGAACGGAUUGGAUUACAUCAUGGAUCCUGAGCAAGUUACAUUCACAAAUAGCCAAGAAGAUGUCGUGAGAGGUGUUCUCGAUGGGAGCUGGGAUGUCGGUUUCGUUCGAACGGGAGCGGUCGAACAGACCACCGAUCUUGAAACUGGGGAGUUAAUCGAUCCAGAGCUUUUCAAGGUCGUGUCUCCUAGAAUCUACAUUAUGGAUGAUGGUGAACUCUUUCCGUACCUUCACUCGACGCCUGUCGUUCCGGAGUGGCCGCUGUUUGCCAAGGAAGACCUCGAUCGAGUAGUUGCAGAGGAAGUCUCGGCUGCUCUCAUCAACUUUCACUAUCACAACCUUGUGGGUCGAUCAUUUCAUGAAUGUUUGGAUGCCGCCGCCACCAAAUCAGAGACCGACUUGUGCAAUACCAUGUCACCUUCAGAUUUUGUAAAAGAAGCCCGCUGUGAUACUACUCGAGAGAUGGCAGAGCUAGCAUAUCAAGCGGGCCUGGCAGGUCGUCACAGCGGCUUCCGUCCAGCAAGGUCUCACUUUGAGCUGAGAACGAUCGUACAGGAUAUUGGAUUUGUGGAACAGAACAAUAUUGGUAAGGGAAUCACUGAGUUGCUUUGUGACAGACUGAGCUGGGCUAUAUUCGAUGACCACGUACUCACUCUUGAGAUUGUUUUGGUGGUGAUCUUUGUCGGUAUAGGUGAAUGGCAGUGUCCUCGCGAGACGUCGUUGUACCAAGCCGUGAAAUGUCCAGAGGGCCAUUACAAGGUUCCCGAGGACUUGUUCGAUCUUCGAUGUGAACGUCGAGGCCUAUCCUGCCCAACAGAGAAAGGGUACUCCUGCUAUUGCAAGCCUUGCAUCAGGGCCUUUGAGGUGGAUCUUUUUGAGUUUGAUAAGAAGGCGGGCAUUCUGCUUGAUUCCGAUCUACUCGACUUGGGCGGUUGCGAGAAGAUGUCGCUGUGUGGCUCUGUAGAACAGGGAGAACAGUUGCAAUUUCACAUUCAUGAUAACCUGGACAGAGACAACGCAAAUGUCACAGCAUUAAUACAUUUUGGUCAAGAAACUAAUGCUUUGAAAGUAACACCAACGCCGGGUGAAGAUCAUGCGUAUGAUUUCGUGUUCUCACUGAACCAGCGAGGGGUUGCGAUUCUAGAAAUCGCUGUCGAUGGUGUUCAAGCUCCUGAGUCGCCGUGGAGAGUCGAAGUGAUUGAACGCGUUUGCUUCGAGAAUCAAAUGGUUGCCAAUGAAAAUGGUGUAUGCGUCUGUUCGAACAACGCCAGGCUAAUCAAUGGCAAAUGUAUGGCGGACGGAACUUUUGCAGGUAUCGUAGCAGGUGCUUGUGGUUUCCUGUUGAUACUAGUGCUAUGGCGAUUCCUGAACUACCGAAGAGAGAAGAGUGAUGAGGUAUGGAAGGUCAAUGUCGAUGAAUUGCACUUCAGCCAUCCUGUUGAAGUAAUUGGACAAGGUGCAUUUGGAGUUGUGCUACUAGCCGAGUAUCGCGGUACAAACGUGGCUAUAAAACGAGUACUGCCGAUCAAGGAGAAGGAGAAAUCCAAGAUGUCCGGAUCGACAUCGCUAGCAUCUUCUGCUACAUCUAAGGAGGUCGACGAAGACUCUACGGACGACAAGUCUGGGGAAGUAGGAGAAGAAUACGAAUCUAAUGAUGCCAACCAAUCACAAGAUAUCGAAGCACGCUUGGAAUCGUUCGGGGUCAAACGCGGCAGUCUUGCAACUACAUCACGCUCAGCUGACUCGAAGCUGGGUUUCCUCGUUGGACUUGGCCAACGCACUCGCAAGCAGUCCGCGAUUAGGCGAAAGCUCUUUGGCUCUCAGGAUGUAUCUGCAUACAACAUGAGUAUACUCGGCACAGCGUCUGCAGCUUCGAGUUCAUAUAGAGGAUUCUUUCCAUGGUGUGACGACAGAAGUCAAAAACAGAAAGAAUUCAAAGAAGAAAUGAGACUUUUGUCCAGACUUCGUCAUCCGUGCAUCACCACUGUUAUGGGAGCAGUCAUGAACGGAUACGAACCGAUGAUGGUCAUGGAAUACAUGGAGAAUGGUUCUCUGUACGACCUUUUGCGUAACGAAACGCUAUAUACUGGAGGAGAAAUCAUCCUCCAGAUUAUCCGCGACGUCGCCCAGGGCCUGCGCUUCUUGCAUGCGUCUAAGCCCCCUAUUCUUCACGGAGAUCUCAAGGCGAAAAACAUCUUGAUUGACUCUAGGUUCCGGGCGAAGGUUGGUGACUUCGGCCUUGCGUUGAAGAACAAUCGCGGACUAUCUGGCACUCCAUUCUGGCUGGCUCCGGAAUACCUCUUGCAAAAGACAGACUACAAUAUUCACUGUGACAUUUACUCCUUUGGUAUCAUCUUGUACGAGAUCUAUAGCAGAAACAACCCUUAUGCCGGGGAGAACCCACGAUCCGUUCUUCGCAAGGUUUGUGAUCCACGGAUUAAUCAUAGACCUGCUGUGCCAUCUACAUGUCCCAAACGAAUGUCAGAGCUCAUGAAAAAGUGCUGGAGUAGCGACCCUGUCUUUCGUCCAGACGCGAAGGAUCUUGACAUGAUCUUCAACGAAAUGACUGCUAGGGACACUGAACCACUUGCUGACACGAAAAAGACAAAGCGUGUAAGGACACAAGUGGCGACGGGAGACAUGUUGUACAAGGUCUUCCCUAGAGCCGUUGCUGACAAGCUCAAGGCGGGGCAAAAGGUCGAACCGGAAACACAUAAUAAUGUGACCAUCUUCUUCAGUGACAUUAUCCGAUUCACUGAUAUCUCAAGGCGACUAUCUGCAGUGAAGGUCUGCGACUUGCUAGAUCGCUUGUAUGUUGCAUUUGAUGCUUUGGCGACUAAACACGACGUGUUCAAGGUUGAGACGAUAGGUGAUGCUUGGAUGGGAGUGACAAACCUGGAAAACGAUCAGAACGAGACCCAUGUAACACGUAUUGCCAGGUUUGCGAUUGACGCAGUCGAGGCCGCGAACAAGGUCUUGAUCGACGAAGAUGAUCCUAAUGGAGGUUAUGUCCACAUUCGUGUUGGUUUUCAUUCUGGAUCAGUAGUCAGUAAUGUGAUUGGGUCGUUGAAUCCGAGGUAUGGGCUCUUCGGAGACACGGUGAAUACAGCAUCCAGGAUGGAGUCUUUGUCCCUGAGUGACAGGAUUCAAUGCUCCGAGCCUGCGGCCAAGAUUUUGCACGAACAAGCUCCUGAUUUACCAUUGCGGAGGAGGGGCAAGGUCGCUGUGAAAGGCAAGGGCAAUAUGAUCACGUAUUGGGUUGGAGAAAGUUCACCAGUAAGAAUGACUCCCAAGUUUAAAACCAAACCGAUGGUGAACUUUGCUGGAGACAUUGUCACUCCAUCGCCGUUGGCUGUGGAGAAAAAAAUCAGUCUUUCAGCAAUGAGUCCGCUCCCCAAGGAUGGGCUCAAGUUAAUUGGGGAGUCGAAAGAAGAGGUAGAACCACAGCCAGUAUCAUCAAAAGCAGUGGCACUCCCAGAACCAGCCCCAAUGGAACGAUCCCUUUCACGGUGA